UAUCAACCAAUCCUUCGAACUCGGUGAAUCUGGCGCUGGCACCAUGAACAGCUCGGCGUCGUCGAUGUCGACGGCGGUGCGACGGAACCCGCUCGUAAAGCAGUUCGUUCUGGAGAAUGAUCGCCCGUCCAAGAUCAGCCAUCUCAACUUUGGUCUGUUGAGCUCCACCGACAUGAUGCGCAUGUCGGAGAUUCCCAUCCAUUCCAAAGACCUCUUCUUAAUGCCGACGCGCGAGCCUGCUCCGAAUGGUGUAUUGGACAAGCGCUUGGGAGUGUCGAACAAGGUGGAUGACUGCGAGACGUGUCAUCAGAAGCUGUCAGACUGCGUUGGCCACUUCGGGUACAUUCAACUGGAACUUCCUGUUUUCCACAUCGGGUACAUCAAAGCGACGAUCGAAAUUCUGCAAAACAUUUGCAAGAGCUGCAGUCGCGUGCUGCUUGGCGGCGACGUCCGUGAGUCGUUCCUCCGUCGCAUGCGAGACCCGUCCGCCGAUGCGCUCAAGAAGAUUAACACACGGAAGCGCAUCAGCUUACUGUGUAAGAAGGUCGUUCGGUGUCCCCACUGCGACGCAAUUAACGGCACUGUGCGCAAAGUCACGAGCCCAACGCUCAAGAUCAUCCAUGAAAAGUACCGUGCCAAGUCGGCCCACGACAUGCGAACGGUGUUCGUGGCCCAGUUUGCACAGGCUCAAGCGGCCAACCCCGACCUGACCAACUCAUUGCUGAGCAAAGCACAAGAGGACCUGAGUCCCGUCGUCGUACAAGAACUCUUUGAGCGUAUCCCGGACCAGGAUUGCCCAUUGUUGUGGCUCAAUGCAUUUGCUGGGCGCCCAGAGAAGCUCGUUCUGAAUGCGAUGCUGGUGCCACCCGUCUGCAUUCGCCCGAGUGUUGCCAUGGACGUGGGCAGCGGAAGCAACGAAGACGACUUGACGGUCAAAUUGCAAGAAAUCAUUCAAGUAAACUUUGCACUCAAAGCGGCGCUGCAGAAAGGGGCGACGCUCAAGAUGGUCAUGGAGGACUGGGAUUUUUUGCAAAUCCAAGUCGCGCAGUUUAUGAAUGGCGACACCCCCGGCUUGACCAAACUUCAAGGGGCACCAAAACCCAUUCGCGGGUUGUGCCAGCGCCUCAAAGGCAAACAAGGCCGUUUCCGUGGCAACUUGAGUGGCAAGCGCGUGGAUUUCUCUGCGCGCACGGUCAUUUCCCCCGAUCCAAACCUCCGCAUCGACCAAGUGGGGGUCCCUGAGCACGUCGCCAAAACCAUGACGUAUCCAGAAAAGGUGACGCGAUACAACAUUGCCAAGCUGCGCCAGCGCGUGAUCAAUGGACCUGCAGUUCACCCGGGGGCCAACUCGAUCCGCAUUGAAGGCCAGAAAUACACGAAAAAUCUCAUGUAUGGCGAUCGGGCGAGCCUCGCGGACGACUUGAAAGAAGGUGACAUCGUCGAACGGCACAUGGAAGACGAUGACAUUGUACUGUUCAACCGGCAACCGAGCUUGCACAAAAUGAGCAUCAUGUCGCACCGCGCGAAAGUUCUCCAGUGGCGAACGUUUCGCUUUAACGAGUGCGUGUGCUCGCCGUACAACGCGGAUUUCGACGGCGACGAAAUGAACAUGCACUUGCCGCAGACCGAGGAAGCGCGCGCGGAAGCGGCGACGCUCAUGUGUGUUCCAAACAACUUGAUCACAUCCCGCAACGGCGAACCGCUGGUGGCGGCGACUCAAGAUUUCUUGACCGCGUCCUACUUGCUCACUCAGAAGAACAUUUUCUUCAACCGCGAACAAUUUUGCCAAGUGCUGACGCUGAUGGGCGACGGACUCGACGACAUCGAGUUACCGGAAGCUGCGAUUGUGUGCCCGAUCCGGCUGUGGACCGGCAAGCAAGUGUUUUCGCUGCUCGUGCGACCCAACCGAAAGUGCCCCGUCAAAGUCAAUUUUGAACUCAAGGAACGCAACUACACGACCAACUUGAGCAUGUGCUACAAGGACGGGUAUGUCGUGUUUCGCAACAGCGAGCUCCUGAGUGGCAACUUGUGCAAGAAAACGCUCGGGGACGGCAGCAAGAAAGGGCUGUUUUACGUCUUGAUUCGAGACCACGGGCCCGCCGAAGCCGCGCGGUGCAUGAACCGGCUCGCAAAGUUGUGUGCACGCUGGCUGGGCAACUUUAAAGGUUUUUCGAUCGGGAUCGACGAUGUGACGCCGUCCAAUGACUUGAACGAGAAGAAGGCGGUUCUGCUAAACGCGGGGUACGACCGCGCCAACGACACGAUCGAGCAAUACCGUCGCGGCAAACUCGAGCUCAAGCCUGGGUGUAAUGCGCUCGAGUCCCUCGAAAGCGAAUUGAACGGACUGCUGGGGAAGCUUCGUGAGACGGCCGGGGCCGAGUGCAUGCGAUCGCUUCCGUUUCACAACAACCCUCGUAUCAUGGCCGAGUGCGGGUCCAAGGGGUCGGCGCUCAACAUUUCGCAAAUGGUGGCGUGCGUGGGCCAGCAGAGUGUCGGGGGCAAACGUGCCCCCGAAGGGUUUGUGAACCGGACGUUGCCGCACUUUUUGCCGUAUGCGUUGCACGCUGCCGCCAAAGGGUUCGUCAGCAACUCGUUUUACUCGGGGCUGACGGCGACCGAAUUCUUCUUUCACACGAUGGGUGGUCGUGAAGGGCUGGUCGAUACCGCUGUCAAGACCGCUGAAACCGGGUACAUGGCGCGUCGAUUGAUGAAAGCACUGGAAGACUUGAGCUGCCAAUACGACGCGACCGUGCGCAACUCGGAAGGCAGCGUCGUGCAGUUCACGUACGGCGACGACGGCCUCAACCCUGCCUUCAUGGAAGGCGACGAUCGGCCUGUGGACUUUGACCGCCUCGUUGUGCAUGUCAAGAACACCGUGCCAGAUCGCACGGGUGUCGCGCUGACGCCGUUUGAGCUGCGCGAAUUGGGUACCGACGCAGUCCAGCGCCCCGACUUCCAGUCGAUACUUCCACUCGGCCGCAAGUUUCUCACCGAAGUCGAACAGUUCUUUUACAAAGCCGCGGCGACGUUGGCUGGCAUUCGCAAGAGUGUGCACUUGCCGCCGUUGGACGAUUCAUCCAUGACCCCGUUUUCCGAAUCCCUUGGCGCGGCGUUUCAGUCGGAGCACAUGGGACAUGCUGCCCCCGUCAAGAAGGAAAAGAUUGCGUCGCGGAAGACCGCGCCGUCCACGUCGGGCGCUGUGGACAACAAAAAGGAUGUCUUGGCAUAUGUCGGCCAAGCGCAGUGGCACCACACGUUUUCGAACGAGGCGGCGUUGACGCAGUGGCAAAAGCAAGCCUCUGUGCAUGGAACGAAGGAACAAAAGGAAGCCGCGCGACUGCUCGUACACAACGUGUGUCGGUUGACGCGGCUGCAGUGCGAGACGUUGCUGCAGUUGAGUUUGACCAAGUACCAUCGUGCCAUGAUGGAGCCUGGCGAGGCCGUGGGCGCAAUUGGCGCGCAGUCGAUUUCCGAGCCGGGGACGCAAAUGACGCUCAAAACAUUUCACUUUGCUGGAGUUGCAUCCAUGAACGUGACGUUGGGUGUGCCGCGCCUCAAAGAAAUCAUCAAUGCUGGCAAGAACAUCUCGACGCCAAUCAUCACGGCCGCGUUGGUGUGCGCAGACGAUGAGCGCAGUGCGCGGAUUGUCAAAGGGCGCAUUGAAAAGACGACGCUGGGAGAAGUCGCCGUCCACAUCAAGCAAGUGUUUGCAAGGGAUCAAGCGUACUUGUCCGUCAAGCUCGACAUGCAAGCAAUCGAUGCGCUGCAGCUCACCAUCGAUGCACGCACGGUGCGCCAGGCCAUUCUCGGCGCUGUGGGCAUGCCGCCCCGCAGCAUCGUCAAACUGCUCAAGGAGCCGCACGUGCUACUGAACGCCCGCCGCCCGGACAAACUGCGCAUCCUGGCGCCGGCGAAAUACAAAUCGGCAAUGGAUUCUCGGUCGAGCAUGUAUUUUGCCAUGCAGUCGUUGAAGGCGGCGUUGCCGAAAGUGAUCGUCCAGGGAAUUCCCACCGUGAAUCGCGCUGUCAUCAACUACGAAGAAGGCAAGGACAAGAAGCUGCACUUGCUUGUCGAAGGGUACGGCCUCAGCGACGUGAUGGGCAUUCCUGGCGUCGACGGCCUCCACACGACGUCGAAUCACAUCAUCGAAGUUGAGAAAACCCUCGGGAUCGAAGCCGCCCGCUUCUUGAUCGCGUCCGAAGUCAGUUAUAUCAUGAGUGCGUACGGCAUCGGGAUCGACCGGCGGCACUUGAUGCUGCUCUCGGACAUCAUGACGUUCAAGGGCGAAGUCCUCGGAAUCACACGGUUUGGCAUUGCCAAGAUGAAGGAAAGCGUGUUGAUGUUGGCCUCGUUCGAGAAAACGACAGAUCACUUGUUCGACGCGGCGGUUCACUCGCGAACAGACGCGAUCGUCGGCGUCAGCGAAUGCAUCAUCAUGGGGAUUCCCAUCGCCGUGGGCACGGGUAUCUUCAAGCUGCUGCGUCAAGUGGAGCAGCCGCCGAUUGUCAAGCGUCUCCCGCUCAUGGAGCAGUACGCAUAGCGUCCCCAGAUGCGAAUCGUAGCUCAAACGACAACACGGCGUCCACAAAACCGGUGUGUGCUCUAUCGUGUAAAUUUCCGAUAACGCCGUCCGGAGCUUGGUGCAUGGUCGA